CACACCACUGAAACGCGGGGCAAGUUCCCACAAGUUAUUAUCUAAGCUGGGUGUGGAAUCAAGUGACAUCAAGUGACUUUCAGAUAAACUGAUAACUGAUAAAGAGAGACCGAAGAGUUUAGUGUUCUCUUAGUAUCCUCUUCCUUCCAGGAUGACAUGCAUGAAGGGCGCAAUGGCUCGACCAGGCUUUUUGGCCAUACUGGGGACUUCCAUACGAACGGAUAUUAUUAUGAUGAUGUGAAUGGACAAGGGAAAAAAGCAGUUUGUCUCCUAUGCGGUCAUUCGAUCCGCAUGACGAUAAGGCACCGAUAACAGAUGACCCGCUGUGGCUCCUUCGUUCCGCCCACACCCUUCUUAGACCGCGACUCUGCCUGGCUUCUUCAAUAUGGGUUCUGUAUCCUCCCCCGAAGUCACACUCGAUAAUGUCGCCGAGAUCCUGCAGCGAGAUACUCGUGUCAAGUUGGCAGGUGUGGAUGUCGAUGGGAUGCUGCGUGGGAAGCUUGUCUCUAAGAAAAAGUUCCUUUCCAUUGUGUCGGAAGGUUUUGGAUUUUGCUCUGUAAUAUUCGGGUGGGACAUGCACGAUCAGACAUAUUUCAAGGAGUUGGCCAUCAGUAACAAGGAGAACGGUUAUCGGGAUAUUGUUGCCAUUCCGGAUCUGAGCAGCUUCCGUCGCAUACCCUGGGAGAACAACGUCCCUUUCUUCCUCGUUAGCUUUCACGAUCCCGACACUCGGGAUCCUGUGUGUGCAUGCCCUCGAGGUCUAGUUAGGACCGCACUUGGCAAGGCUGAGGCGGCCGGGUAUCAGGCGAUGGCAGGAGCGGAGUAUGAGUUUUAUCAGUUCCGUGUGCCAGAAUCCCAUUCUUCUCCCGAGCGCAACGCAUCUUCUACGGCGACCUUCUUGAGAGAGAACCCCGUUGAAGCAUUACCUUCCCUGACCGAGGGGAUGUUCGGGUACAGUUUGACCCGCCCUAUUCAUAACCAGGAUUAUUAUUAUGGUAUUUUUGAUGCGUGCGAGCAAUUUAAAUGCGACAUUGAAGGAUGGCAUACAGAGAGUGGGCCCGGUGUGUUUGAAGCUGCGCUACAAUUCGGAGAAGCCAAGGAGAUGGCAGAUAAAGCAGGACUUUUCAAGUAUGUCGUCAAAUCGAUUGGAACCAAGCACGGUAUCACUCCAACUUUCAUGGCAAAACCGCGCCAGGGAUUGCCUGGUAAUAGUGGCCAUAUGCAUAUUUCGCUCGUUACCAGUGAUGGAAAGAACGCGUUUCUGCGCGAUACCCCGGAUCCAUCUCCACCUUACCCCGAUGUCGCUCAUCUUUCCGACUUGGGCAGAUAUUUCUUAGCGGGCAUUCUCACGGGUCUCCCUGACAUUAUGCCUAUGUUUGCGCCGACCGUCAAUUCCUACAAACGGCUCGUAGAGAAUUUUUGGGCCCCCGUCACGGUCUCGUGGGGCCUGGAGCAUCGGGCGGCCUCUAUUCGAUUGAUUACGCCGCCAACGGGCAGCCCGAAGGCUACUCGAUUAGAAGUGCGAGUCCCCGGGGCCGAUGCCAAUCCGCAUUAUGUCAUGGCGGCUAUUGUCGCAUUGGGAUGGCGGGGCGUGGAGAAGAAGCUGGAGAUCCCAGUGCCCCCGCUGUCUAAAGGUGAGGAGAUGGGGGGCGGCAGCGACCAGGGGGUGCGUCUGGCCAAAUCCCUCAAGGAAGCGGUCGCCGCGUUUAUGCGCAAGGGCAGUGUCGCACGGGAGGUGUUUGGGGAUGCUUUCGUCGACCAUUUUGGUGGCACUCGGGAACAUGAAGUGCGCCUCUGGGAAGAGGCCGUCACCGAUUGGGAGGUGCGACGAUAUAUUGAAACGGUCUAGACUUAGCCCCGGCUGGCGGUUAUGAACAUAGAACUAUUAGAUACCAAUGAAUUCCUUUUAGCGCUGUCCGUGCUCUGCAGAGCUCCAAAGUUUCGGGUAGGUCUUUCGGUCAACCAGAGCACAGUACAAGUAUUUGAGUGCCCGUGUCAUCCCGAUCCUUGGACGUAUUGCCGGGAGAGAACCGGGAUCUAGGUUGAAGAUGAUGAUUCACAAGCUACCACAUCACAUGCUCAAGAGUAUCACAUGCCAUUUCUCCUAUGCCCAUUGGGGCGAAGAGACAAACACUCCAUGAUCCAUAUGCAAUUGAUUAGUAUAGUCGGGUAGCCGAGUAUUACUACUUGGCAAUCGAAGUUUUGAUCUGAUUAUAGUC